GGAUGUCCAACCAGAUAAUUUGGGGACUGCUAUUUAAAGCCACGCAAUAUAUUCACUCAAAUACAUUCAAUUACACUCGGUAAUUUAAAAUAACAGUUAAGUGAAAUCUUGCUGUGCGUGGAAGAAAGGAAUAGAUUUUGUGCGAUCAAGAAAUAGAUUCUGUAAGUGCCGAGCGAAUAUUUAUUCAGGAAGAGAUGACAAAAAGCGAAUGAAAUCCAAUGAUAAAUAUAAUCUUUAAAACGCUCUUUUGAUUUAAUAUGGUGUUUCAUUACUCACUCUCCGAAUUCUCACUGUAUUUGCUCAAUGGAAUUUAAAUUUUAUGAUUGCGAAGAUAUAGUUGCGGAAAACUGGGGUGUCUCUAUGUAUGGCGUAUAUUUAUUCGUACUGACAAUUUGGUGGUCUAUGAAUUGGGAAGAUGCUAGUGCUUGUCCCUAUACACACAUCGAAGAUGUUGUCAAUGGAACGAAGUCAGUGCGCGAUGCUUUCCUUUUAAUAUGGGCUGAACUUGUCGGUGGUCUUGCCGUUUUUAGAUAUAUUCAAUUACUUUGGGCACUCGAAAUUGUUUCGGCGCAUAAGAACAAAGCAUUCGAAGAUUGUACUACUGAUUUGCAAGUGCCUGUAAUAUUUGGAGCAUUUAUCGAAUGUGUGGCAACUUGUAUAUAUAGGGUGGUCUCACGUGGCUUAAGUGAGAUUAAUUCGAAGAUUAGUGUUAUUCUUGAUUCCUUCGUUGGAACGACUUUAGUUAUUGCAGCUUUUGAUUAUUCUGGCGGCUACUUCAAUCCAGCAUUGGCAACCUCUUUGAAAUACGGAUGUUUAGGAACUUCCUUUAUGGAACACGUGAUAGUUUAUUGGGUGGGUGCGUGUGCGGGUUCCAUUGCUUCUUUACGAGUUUAUAGGCUACCGUUUGUUCAACGUUACGUGGAACAGUACAAGGAGAAAACAUCUUAAGUCACUGACAGUGAAACAUUGGAUCGUUAAUCAAGUUUAUUGGUCUUGUGUUUGCCCCACUUUUCCGUUGUUUGUUUAACUUACUCUGUGUUUCCUGUCUGCGUUACUAUUGAACAAAGUAACGUGUAAGUUUAUAUUACGAUCGAAUCUCUAAAAUUCUUACAAAGCCUAUGUUUGCGCACAAAGUUUCUAGUAAGUAAGUCUGUUCGUGCGUUUACAAAGUAGAAACAUUACAUUUCAUUAUACGUGUAUUAUACGUAUGUAUAUUAUAUUAUAGGGUGAUGAUUGAAAUUAUUGUAAAUUAUUAUUCAUAAUGAACGUUGUUUAUAUAUAUAUGAUUAGUACAAUGUAUUAAAUUAUAAUUGUACGAGGAAAUAAAAGUUUUCUGAAUAAAUCGGAAAUAUUGCCUC